AUGCCACCUAUUGCAUCUGCAACUGAAUACACUAAUCAAUCAUCAGCCAUCGUAUCAAAAAGGUCACAUAGAGCAAGAGCCAGAGUCAUAGCAGCUCCAUACACUCGAUCGUCGCCAUUGCCAUCCAUCAAACCAACUGCAUCGCCAUUAGCUACUAAUAGAUCUAGUGCUAAAUCAUCAGAGGUUUUUGAUAUCCAAACAUUGAUUCCACAUCAUACAACUGCUGCUUUAAUGAAAGAGUUUUUGUCAAUCAAUUCCAGCAGCACCUCCAUAUUGCCACAUCCACUGUCAAUAUCCAGUCUAAAUGGCCACAAUAAUAAUCUCAAAUCAAAGCGGAAUUCAAAAACAAAUCAUCCAAGUAGCGGUAUAGCUAUCAGUACGAAUAUUUACAGCCACAAUCACAUACCAACAGACCCACAAACUGGUAGUAGAUUACCUGCUCCACCAUCAUUUGGUCCAGGAACCCCAAUACUCUGCAGCCCACCUCGUAUAAACACAUGUUACUCUAAAAAUGAAGUCGGUAAUGAAAAUAUUGAUGGCGAUCCUUUGGAUUUCAGGAAUCUACCACAAAACCAUAUGAAUCGCUACAUUCCGUCGUGUAAUCAACUGUCAUCCAUCAACCAGCCUCAAUCGUCUAGCUUUGACCAUCAGCACUCCACUCCACUUUUGAGUUGCCCACUCCAGCAAUUUCAACCAUGUCAUGCACCAAUACUUCCACAUACACCCAUCUGGCAUCCGCGUAUUGUCCAACUGGACUUGCAAUCUGUACCAGGAUUUACAAAGCAACUACCUCAAUCUGCCUUUUUUCCGUGUUCAUCAACUCCUAAUUCGUUACAGUCCUCAAAUUUACCACAGACCUUGAAGCAUGCUUCAAAUCAUUUCACACAUGUUGCUCCAUUUCUUCUGAAUGCAAAUGCAGUCUUGUCUGGACUCACCAUCAAACCAGUAUCUUCUGCUGCUGCACUUGUAAGAGCCAAUGCAGCAGAUACUAAACCAUUUAUUUCAAAUUGCAUCACAACCACUCAUUCAGGACAUGCUGUCAUUCCAAUCGUAUUUGCAAUCACUGUUCCCAUUAAUUCAUCACAACCCAUUGCACACACCGAAUCUCUACCAGUCAUGUUUAAUCAUCAUGCAUUGGUAGACAUACCAGCAGUCUUGAAACCAUCGUACUUGUUUGAUCAAGAGAUUGAGCGCGAAACAGUAGUUUACAGACACAUGAACACCACACAUCACCUCGACGGUGUAGUAGGACAGAUGCUAUUUUCUGGAUUCUCGACCAGUCUUCCACCUCUUGCUCGUCGUCGUUCUCGUCAUGCUGAAUUGUGUCGAGUGCUGGUCGUUGCACUGACUGGAUCUGUCCCAUCAUCUUACACUGCAGUCGAUCCAUUGCAACAGAUUCAAUUUCGCUCUGUUUUUACUCACGCUACACCACACACAUGGUCACUAUCAUUCUGUCACAUACUUUUAUCGGCUUAUGAAUUACUCUGGUCGCAUGGGGUAUUGCAUCGGAUAGUAGCCGAACAGAAUAUUCUAUUCGCUAAUGUGGGUUGCAGCACUCCAUUGGUUAGAUUGUUUAAUUUCAGUCGAGCAGUGAUGAAACAUGAAUCAAAAAAGUAUGGCAAUAAUUGGGAGAUGGAGGUCAAGUAUGAGCGACGAUCAGUCGAAUUGUUAUGUAGUACACGGUGUAAGGAGUUUGAAUCUCAAUCCAGUUAG